AUGUUCAUCUCUCUGAAAGGACUCCUGUGCUUUGUCAGUACUAUCACGGGUCUAAUGCUGUUCAUCGUGGCCUGCAUGGGCUUCAGUACGUUGAAGUUAUCCAACGAUGCCGUAGACAGCCAGACGGAAUUCGGUUGUCUUUGCUUCUUGGGCGUCAGCUUUGGCUUGCUUCUAAUACUUGGCGAGACGACGUGGGAGCUCUUCUUCUUCUUUUUCGGAUUCAUGAGGUACCGUCUCGGCCGUGCUUGCAUCUUCACCAUCAGUGGCAUGAUGACUGCGAUACUGGGCAAUACCCGCAACCAGCAGUGUGACUGCAACGACAACGUCGUCUUGAUCAUCGAAGGCAUCGCCCUCAUCGCGAUGGCCAUACUGCAGUGUAUCGCCAUCUUUAUAUUUGGCAACAAUAGCACUUUAUGCUGCCUCAAAGACUCGACCCAGACAGCUGGCUUGCCUGUAACGACCCCUCUACCAGUCACAACACCUCGCCAACUCCCAAAAUCGACGACUUCAUUCCAAGCUGUCAUCCAGCCAAUUGUCCCAGCUUCCAUUGGAUCUCCUGAUCAAGUGUCGCAAGCGUCUCCUACUUCUCAUGGAGCCAACAAGUUGCCGUCCUGGAUGCGUAUGCCGUAG